AUGUCCUCGCCGAGCACCUACGUGCGUGUGGCGCCGUCGCCGCGUCUCAAAGAGACCACAACGAGUGCCCCGGCAGAGCUGGUGCAACUCCGGGUACGGCAUCUGUUGCCGCAGACGACGCAGCGGGCAAAAGCACGCGUCGGCAAACUCAAGAAGCUCUUCACCGUUCCUGCGCAGGUGCUGCUGCGUGAUCACGCCGCCGCGCUUGGCGAGACGCUGCAACGCCUACAUCUCGUCAAGUCUGUGCGCAAUAUCAAAGUUCAAGGCGGCAGCGCGGAGGGGGGUGGCGUGUCGGCGGCCCUCUGUCUUCCCUUUAGCGCCUGCGCCGCCCUUCCCCCGCUGACGGCUUCGACUUCCUCUUUUUCCCCUUCUGCAGGGAGUGCCACGGUGCCGCUGUCGUGCGUGUUGACGGGGUCGGUCGAUGGUCUGCUCACGCUCUGGGACGCAGAGCAGUGCACCCCGCUCUGCAGCCAGUCCACUUAUCCGCAGGGUCGUGGGUGGGGAAGGGUGAAGUCGAUCGCCGUGUAUCCUUCCACCGUCCCGAACACCACCGCCACCACGCAAAACUCUUUUGUCUUCACGACGAGCAUGUUCCAACGUGAGGUGCGCGUGUGGCGAGUUACAACGGCAGCGCAGGCGGAGCAUUCGGAGAGGUUCGAGGACAAGGAGGAGGAAGAACAGGUCCACGCCUCCGCUGUUGUGGCAUCUGCGGUGUCCCUGCAGCCCCUCACCACCGCGAGCAUCGACGCAGCCGCCGAUGCGACCACUUCCACCUCUUCCGCUUCUCGCCUCGGUGGCCUUCAACAGGUAGCCGUGGACCCGACGGGGGCGCUACUCGCAGCCACCCACGACAGCGGUCUCGUGCACCUGUGGGACGUCCGCACCGUUCUGGAAGGUGGGGCAAGGGACAAGGCAGCAACAGCAGCAACCACCGCCACCGCCUCGCCUCUGCCGCUGCUCUACGCGCAGGACGGCUACGAGACAGCGGGUGCCACGCUCGGGAUCGCGUUCCACCCCGAUGGGUCGCUGCUGACCACCACCGAUGCGGGUGGGCGCGUCGUGGGGUGGGACACUCGCAGUGGCCAGCUAGCCUUCCACACCGGCGGCCGCCUCGGUGGUCACCUGCGCGCGGCGCAAUGUGUGUCGUGGUCACCGUGCGGGGUGCGCUUCGCCUCCGGUGGCGCGGACGGCGUGGUGCAUCUCUACGACGCGCGUCAGCUGAGCAAAGCCGGCGUGGGCCCGCACAACGACGGGGCGACCGCGGCGGCGCCCUUUCAACUUCUCGGGCACGACGACGCCGUCACCUCCAUCAGUUUCUACGCCAACCCGUUCGUCUCGGACUGCGACGACGCGUCGGUGCUGCCGCUUGGUGUGGUGACAACCUCUCUGGAUCACACGAUGCGGGUGUGGGACGCCGACACGGGCGUGUGCGUGCGAACGCUGGACGCCGGCAUGCCAUUAUACGGUCAUUGCCGCCCAGCGCUACCGCCCUUAUCGGAUCGGUUUACGGUCUCCUCGGCUGUGGUGGCCGUGGGCCACGGCAAGCGCUGGCUGCAGUACGACGUGGGCCUACGCGGCCAGGUGCUCGAGAGCGCGGAAGCUUUGUCCGAGCUCUCUCCAACGCACGGUGGAGACGACGUUGAGGUGAUGGAGAAUGACAUUGUCGCCUCGGCGCACGGUGCGACUGGAGGCAUGAAGCUCUCUGUGGUGUCCGCUGCAGCGGCAGGGCAGAGGGCGACGGCGACGGCGGGUAAGAGGAGCAUCGACAAGAAUGAGGAAAGCAGCAGCGGCAGCAGCAGCGAGGAGGAAGAUGAGAUGGUGGCACUAAUGAAGACGAAGAAGGGAAAAACGGCCACACCUUCCCCUGCGGCAGCUGGCACCCGUCGCGCAGGGGUGCAGCCGAGUGCGUCGGCUGACGAAGAGGAGGAGGAGAGUAGCGAGGAUGAGAUGGAGGCGCUGAAGAGGAAGUGA